GUUUUAGACGUUUAGACGUGAAAAUUAAUUUGAAAUGUUUGCACUGAACGCUUUUAUUUUGACAUUCAGCAUUCAGGCGGAAGUUGUAUUUUACAUCAACGCAUGCGCGACACGACUCUCUCCUGCAAACACGUGAGCUAAAGUCAUGUCCAAAGCAAAACAAAAACGGGCCAAACGUCUUGGUUUCCUCGGAAAUCUUAAGACUAAAGAUGCACAAAAGGAUCCUGGCCAUGGGAGGACAAAAACAUCAGCUGUUCAACAAACGAAAGACUCCAGAAAUCCAGAAGAAGUCAGGAAGCAAAGACUUCAGAAUCUGCAGGAAAAGCAAAAGUUGUCAAGAGAACGUGAGAUGAUGAAGAGGAGGAACUUGCAGAGCUUUCAGGAGGACAUUCUGCUCAGACAAAGAGAGUUUGAACAGAAGGAGACAGAGAUGAGGAGUUUGGAAAAGCAUGUAAAUUUUGAGAAUGAAAAUUCAAGAAAGGCAUAUUACAGAGAGUUUAAAAAGGUUGUAGAAGCAUCUGAUGUGAUUUUAGAGGUGUUGGAUGCUCGUGACCCUCUGGGGUGCAGAUGUCCUCAGGUGGAACAGGCAGUCAUCCAGAGUGGAACCAACAAGAAGAUAGUAUUGGUGCUAAAUAAGAUUGAUUUGGUGUCAAAGGAAAUUGUGGAGAAGUGGAUUAAGUAUCUUCGGAACGAGUUUCCUACUGUGGCUUUUAAAGCAUCUACUCAGCAGCAAGCAAAGAACUUGAAACGCAGUAAUGUGUCGGUGACCCAGGCCACCUCAGACCUUCUCAGCAGCAGUGCAUGUGUUGGAGCUGACUGCCUGAUGAGGUUACUCGGUAAUUAUUGUCGUAACCAGGACAUCAAGACUGCCAUCACUGUCGGUGUUGUGGGUUUUCCAAAUGUGGGAAAGAGCAGUUUAAUCAACAGCCUGAAGCGAGCACGAGCAUGUCACGUUGGAGCCACUCCGGGUGUCACAAAAUGCCUUCAAGAAGUACAUUUGGACAAACACAUUAAACUUCUCGACUGCCCUGGCAUCGUCAUGGCGACGUCAACAAGUGAUGCGGUGAUGAUCCUUCGUAACUGUGUGAAGAUUGAACAGCUCGUCGAUCCUCUGCCGCCUGUUGAGGCCAUCCUGCGGCGAUGCAACAAAGCCCAGAUCAUGGAGCAUUAUGGGGUUCCCGACUUUCAGACGGCUUCAGAGUUCUUGGCAGUGCUCGCCAGGCGUCAAGGCAAAUUAAGGAAAGGAGGACUGCCAGACACAGACAAAGCAGCUAAGAGUGUCUUGAUGGACUGGACAGGUGGACGCAUCACUUACUUCACACACCCUCCUGAGACGCACACUCUCCCCACUCACGUCAGUGCUGAGAUCGUGACAGAGAUGGGAAAAGCAUUCAACUGGGAUGAGCUGGAAGAAGGAAAUCAGGAAGUUCUUGCAGAGUCCUCUUGCCCUGAUGUCCAAAUGGGCUUCUGCAUGGAAUCCAGUGGAAUGACACAAGGCGAUCCCGAGGACUCACACUUUGGUCUACAGAUGGAGGGAGACUCAGGAGAAGUCCCAACAGCAGAAACUGAAUUCAUGGAAGAUGAUCAAGAUCCAGAGUUUGGACCGAUGACGGUGGAGAUCAAAUCACAGAAGGUGAACCGUUCACCUGUGAGUGAAGCAGCUCCGCGGGCUCCAGAUUUGGAGGACAUUUUUGAAGUAGAUCCUUUACAGCAGGGCCAUGCACUGCAGGCUGCCAACAAGAAGAGGAAGAAAAAGCAAAAAAGAGCUGAUAAAAUUGCCACAAAGCUCUCGGAUAGUCUUACAGCUGCCAUGGAUUUCUCAUUGUCAGAUCUUUAAUUGUUUUCUAAACAACUGCUUAAAUUAAGGGACAGCGAGAGGUUAUAAAAAUAAACACUUUAAAACCUU